AAAGCUCUGAGGCAGAGCAUAUCACUCUGAAAUGGUGGACCAGUGUUUGAUCAAGCUCUGUGUGGGACUCGCCUUUUUCUGUCCAACUUUAAAAUAUUUCACUUUUUGAGUUAAAAAAAGAGAAGAAAAACUUUUUUGUGUUGAAGAUAUUUCCAAGCACAAAGCAAGAUAACUCAUCAGCACCAGUAAACUCUCUGGCUGUGAAACCCAAAUUAGAUUAUUUAGUGUGAAAUACAUAAUACAAAGAUGAACAACGUGGCUGACUGGGUCCUGCAGAACAGGGACAAGAUUGAGAAAGGUGUGGCGAUCAUGGGGCAAGCCUCCGAGGUGCUCGCUGCCACUGUAGGCCAGCUUCAUCCCGUCUUGGAGGCCGUGUUUGUUGCCUCUGCUGAGUUACUCAGCAAUCCGGACAGCUCUGAGGCCCGCUACCUGACUCAGCAGUUUGAGAUGGUCAACCAAAAGCUCGAGGGAAUUCAGGAUGAGAUUGAUAAAAUCGCCUUGGAGCUGCAGAGGACGUCUUUGAACAAGCAGAACUUCGAUCGAGAGGCGCAGAUGAUCAGCCAGUACGAGAAGUUCCAGGACUUCGUCAAUGCCAAGCCAAAGUUCAAGGAGAAGAAGAUGGAGAAGUUCCUCAGCCAUUACGAGAACACAGAAGGCGACUUGAACUUGGACGCCCUCUACAAUGCUGUCACCGGGGAGAACACCUCCGGGGACCCCAUGCUGGAAACCAUCGUUGCCACAGAGAAGAGAAGCAGGAGGGCAGUGGAGGACUUCUGCGCCCGGCUGAAGAAGCUCUUUGUCGUGGGCAUCAUCGCCGUCAUGGGCCACGCCGCCCUCAAAGAAGGAGCGGUGGGGGAGGAGAUGGUGAAGAAGUGGAAGGACCGCAUGGAGGACGUUGAGAAACGGAUGAAAGCGGCCGUGGAUGAGUGUACAGAGAAAUUUCCAGAUCAAGCCAAAAUAGACAUGGAGCACAUACUCCAGGAAAACCCUGGCACGGUGGACCAGGAGUUCACCCAGUCUCUCCUGGAUGCUCUUGUCAAGAAAUACGACUGGGUGAACUGGUCCGUCAGAGCCUUCAAAAACAGGGAGAAGAUCUUCUUUUUCAACUGGCUGGCAGGAAAGAAGUGCCAUGGAAGCGGGGGCACCAACUGGUUUGACUUUCUGACCAAGAAUAAUGUCAAAGUGGUGGUCUCUUUCUGUGUCGACCCCAAGCCCAUCAACAAGUCUGAGAUCCAGGAGACAAUCGAGAACAGGAAGCUGAAGGGGAACAUGAUGGGUCUGGCUCUGUCUUUGAACACAAGCUUCCCCAACUGCCUGGUUCACGCUGUCAGCCAUUACAAGGAGGUGGUGGAGUCUAACAACUUCCAAGAGGAUUGCUACUACUACGGGAAACACAAAAGAGCCCACCUGUGUCUGCACUCAGAGUAGACUCGCAGAAAGGUGUGGAGCCCUGCAUAGAUUAAUGAAUGUGUUUAUCAGAGACCUGGACCAAUGUCCAUUAAAUUCAGAAAUAUAUUCAUAAAUGUUGUCUGUGUUCAAGCAUGUCUGCUCUACACGGGAUCUUGAAUGUGAGUCAUUGCCUUACUUAAAAUGAUUUUUUAUUCUUAUACAAAUAUAUCUUUCCUUCGUUGGGUAUACAGGAGCUUCAGGGUGUUAGAAAUUUCAAAGCCAUACUUGUUCAUGCCAGCUUCUUCUAAGUUACUUAUAAUUAUGAAGCCCUUGUGUUUGUGCUGCCUAUACUUUUAUACCGCAGUUCCAGUAGUCCCUCUGAGAUCUCUUGGCAUACCAGGCUAUUGGGACAAGGCUGUAAAACAAUCAACAAGUUGUCUUUUGAGGGAUUUUAGCGUAAAUUUGAUGCCAUAUCAAGAAGUGUCAGUUAGCUUAGGCCAAACAUAUUGGAAAUAUUAUAUUAUACUACACAGUUCUUCAGAAGCCCCUGAUCCAUCCAAAAGAGAGUUUGAAAGGACAAUUAAUUGAUAGUUUCAACUUUGGGGUUGUCCACUUUCUUGCUAAGAGUUACAGAAGAAGAUCAAUGCCAGUCUCUGUGCAUUAAACAAACAAACAAACAAGCGCUAGCAUAGCAUGGCUUGCUUAAUUUGCUGCCUCCAAAUGGAACUAAUAAAGUCGCAAAGUCUUACUGGAACUUAGUAAGUCUUGGCCUUCAAGCCAUAACCAUGUGGAAGCACUGCUGCACCUCAGCUGCCGAAAUAUCGCUUGUUCCCUUGGCUUUCUUUAUGAAAAUGCCAAUGUUAAUUUAUGCCAUUUCUGAAAAUGGCAUUUAAGACAACAAAAUUUAUUGGUUAGAAGCAUUCAGAAAUAGAGUGUUAAUAUCUCCAUCUCUCCAUUUGAAGGCAUCAUUAACAGCAAGUCACAAUAGCAGCACAGUGCUAUCCUCUUCAUGCUAAAGCCAUAAGUAAGGUUAGAUAAGGUUGUGUAGCUUAGCUUUUUGGCUUAUUUAGCUUAGCAUAUGUUAGCUAAACGCAGAAAAUAGAAAUAAAAGUUAAGCAGUUUGAUUGGCUCUGUCUAUAGCUUUUUAAAAAUCUCACAUUUGGGCAAGUAUGUACAGUACCAUUUUUGUUAGCUUGGCAUUAAUGAAUGGCAAUUGCUAUUGAGGGCUAACAGCAUUAUCAUCACAGUUAUCAUAUUUUUAAUUCAGAAAUAAUCUCUUUUCUUUUACAUUUCUCAGUAAAAUACCUGUUUUUCAAACAUAUGCUAGCAAAGCAUCUCUAGUUUGUAACACUGCAGUUGCACCACUGGUCAAAAGACAGCGAUCGUAAAGUGACAAGAAGGAUGCUACAUGGUUCAAGCUGUUUAAAAAAAAAAAAAUACAAGCUCAUUUAAAGAUGCUACGCGUAGUUGACUUGGUUGCUACUCCGGGUUUCACAAAAAAUAAAGACAAUCUGUUUUAAGGUAUUUGAAUAGUUUUCUCAUUUUCAUCGUAGCCUCUACAAUAGGGAAGGCUUAGUCUUUCUGGCCCAGUUGUACCAGCCAUCCAUGGUUAUUUAACAGUUAGCAAGAGUUUUUUGAGCUAGGCCAGCUUUUCUGAACUUCAGUUUGCUGUGGCCCCUUUAGAGACCUGAAAAUCUUACAGGCCCAACUGACCCUCAUAACAUGAGACUCAAAGUAGGAUUUCAAAUCAAAUGCCUAGUUUUAAAAGACAUUAAUGCCAUGAGAAAGUGUUAGCAUAGUCACUAAGCUAAAUUAACAAGCCACCAGCAUUUAUUGUGUUUUAACAGGCAUCUGCAAAGUCACCUACAUUUUAUUUUCUAAUGUCAAACUCUUCUCAUGAAUUCUAUAAUCCCUUUCCUUGUAAUGUUAAUGCAGCAUUAUAGAAUGUUUAAUGGAGUGUCGCCAGUCGAAUCAUGACACCCACUCUGUAUGUCAGACAAAAUAAACCAUGAAAUGAUGACAUGUAAGUUAAAUUUUCUGGCUGUUUUGUUAUUUAAAAUUCAUUUUGACAUAUUAAGUAUUUUAUGAGAAUUUAAAACGUGAUUUUUAAUUUUAAAAAUCAUGUUUAUGCUUUUAAUGUGAAGAAAGAGCUGUCGCAGCCUACCUGCAGUACCUCCAGGGCCCACUAGUGGCCCUCACUUUGGGAAGCACUGAGCUAGCAUGUAAGGUAGACAUACUUUUAUACUAAUAUGUAUACAAAGUGGUAUGAUAGUGAUUGAAAAUAGCUAAUUGCUAGGUAUGAUGCAGAGUAAAGGUGCCUUUUAGUUUCAUAAGUGUUUUUGAGAAAUUGCUCUAUCUAAACAAAAAGACAAAAAUCCUAUACUAUCACUACAGAAAGAAAUGUUCUAUUGAACAUUAUUUAAUAUCAUCCUAUAUGUGUAAAGAUCAAGAUUAACAAAAGUCCAUGCUGCUUUCUGUGCAAUAUAGGGCUAUAUGGCUGUUUCUCUUUUUUUUUUUCUUUUUCUUUUUUUUUUUUUUUGACAAUCUUGUUUUGGAAACUUGUACAUAUUUAGGCUACUUUAAUUUGCAA